CGCCGGGCGCCCAGCGCCAGCCGGCUCCGUGGCAGCAGGCCCCGGGCGCGCCGCUUGAUGCAGCCGCGGGGAGCCGCUGCGCGCCCAGCCCCGGGAGCCCCGCCAUGGCCGAGCCCCCGCCGCCGCUCCCCGGCCCGGCCCGGCUCAGCUACGCGCUGGGGCACUUCCUGAACGACCUGUGCGCCUCCAUGUGGUUCACCUACCUGCUGGUCUAUUUCCACGCCGUGCUGGGCUACAGCACCACCCACGCGGGGGCCCUGCUGCUCGUGGGCCAGGUGGCCGACGGGGUCUGCACGCCGCUGGUGGGCUACGAGUCCGACCGCUCGGCCGGCUGCGGCCGCUACGGCCGGCGGAAAUCCUGGCACCUCGUGGGGACUGUCUGCGUCCUGCUGUCCUUCCCCUUCAUAUUCAACCCCUGCCUGGGCUGCAAGGAGGCCACGCCCCAGUGGGCCGCGCUCAUCUACUUCAUCCCCUUCAUAGUCAUCUUCCAGUUCGGCUGGGCGGCCACCCAGAUCUCCCACCUGUCGCUCAUCCCCGAGCUGGUGACCACAGACCACGAGAAAGUGGAGCUCACAGCGCUCAGGUACGCCUUCACCGUCGCGGCCAACAUCACCGUGUACGGCGUGGCCUGGCUGCUCCUGCACUUCCAGCUCGGACACUCGGGGCCGACGGAGCAGCUGGGCAAGCCUGACAUCCAUGUCUUCCGGAACCUGUCCCUGAUCGUGGUGGCGGUGGGCGCUGUCUUCUCGCUCUUGUUCCACCUGGGCACCAAGGAGCGGUGCCACCCCCAGGCCAGGCUGCUCGAGCCCGAGGAGCACACGCCGCUGCUGCAGAAGGGGCACAAAACCCCCCCGCGCCCACUGCUGCUGUGGAAACACUGGCUGCGGGAGCCUGCCUUCUACCAGGUGGCGAUGCUGUACAUGGCCACGCGGCUGAUUGUCAACCUGUCCCAGACCUACAUCGCCAUGUACCUGACCAACUCGCUGAUGCUGCCCAAGAAAUUCAUCGCCACCAUCCCCCUGGUGAUGUACAUCAGCGGCUUCCUCUCCUCCUUCCUCAUGAAACCCGUCAACAGGUGGAUCGGCCGAAACCUGACCUACUUCAUGGGGUUACUCAUUAUCCUGGCCUUCGCCUCCUGGGUGGCCCUGGACAGCCGGCUGGGAGCGGAGGUUUAUGGAGCCGCUGUGCUGCUCGGGGCUGGCUCGGCCACCAUCUUGGUCACAUCCCUCUCCAUGACGGCUGACCUCAUUGGGAGCAACACGCACAGCGGAGCCUUCGUCUACGGGGCCAUGAGCUUCACGGACAAAGUGGCCAAUGGGCUGGCGGUGAUGGCCAUCCAGAACCUGCACCCCUGCCCGACCCAGCUCUGCUGCGCCGGCUGCGUUGAGUUCUACCACUGGGUGAUGGUGGUCGUCACCGGGGGCGUCGCGGUGGUCGCCACCGUGUGUCUGUCCUGCAUUAUGAUCUGGCCAAUCCGGGUCCGAUUCCAUGACGUCUCGGUGCUGCCGCUGGCUGGGGCAGGGCCGGGCGAGGCUGGGAGCCUGGGGGAAAGGAGCCGAAGCAGCACCGUCAACUGAGCCGGGCGCUCGCACGCGGAACCGGGACUGCGCCCCUUGCACUUUACACCUGGGAUGCUGCAAAGGAAGGGAACCGACGCUGGGCCCCGGGGCAGGGCCGGUGCUGAGCUCGUGCAGCAGGUCGGCCUGGUCCUUUGCAUCCGCCUCCCGCCACUUUCCUUCCCCCGUCACUAUGUAACGUCGCCCCCUGCCGGCAGCGGGGGGGGAUCCCAUGUCUUUGCACAUGUCCAAUCCUAGGACUCGCUGGGCGGCGGCCCGAAUCGGGUCCGCCCCGUGCACUGUGGGAAGGGGGCACUAAAGGAACCCUGUACGUUUUAACACGGGUCGUGCAGUCUGUCUGUGAAAUAACCUUUUAAAACGAGAACCAUCUCGAGUAAAGAGACAACGUCUGAAGGACAGCAGCGUUGUGUGCAGGGGUCUGCGUCACCACUGGCACCUCUCCUGCAAACUGCGUUUCCAACCUGCCCCUCCUUCACCCCUUGGAAAUUCUGCUGGUCGGCCUCUGCAGGGGGGAUCUGGCUGCAGCAUCACAGCGUAGCCAGCGCUUGUGAGAUUUAAAGUCUCAGCUCCUGGAGUCAGGUGACUAAUGGGAAUUUUGACUUUGAUUUUGUUUUAAGCAAGUUUCCAGCUCUUGUGGCUGCGGAGAAGUGUGACAACACCCCCCCCCCCCGCCCCCAGGCUCUGACCCUAGAAGGGGAACCCCAAAAGUGCUACUUGGGCUAAAAAUCACAACUCUUUAAUCUCAGGAUUUGGAGGUGGCUGCUUGUGGUUGUGGUUUUUCACACUUGGGCCCACAGCGCCAGCCUGUCCCUAGCUACCUCUCCCCCACCCCCUUCCCAGGGACGGGAGCACUGCUCACCUGCCUUCCCCGGAACUGCUUCUGCCCUACGUACAGCUUCCCCGGAGCAGCCGGCCGA